AUGAGGAAAACUACUGAUCACCCUCGUCGGCGACAGGAGCAUGGGCGCGCUGCAUGUAGGAUGUCGGUGAAAUUGACGCCGCAAUGGUGGCGGUGGAUGCGCAUCUCUGUGCGACAAAGCCAGACACGAUGCCUUGGAAAAAAUGGCGCUAAGCGGAUAAUUGGGGGGGGCUCUGCCGCGAAAAUGACCGGAGAGCUUAAUAGCCAAGUAGCGGAGAUCUAUUGUGAAGGGGCUGCACAGUGGGGUCACCAGAAGGCGCCCGGCUCACUUAAAGUAGGCGAAUGGAUAAAUUAG